AUGCUCCCUCAUCCCUUUCAAUCUAGUGAACCAGAACCAUUCACUGCUAAGCUGCAUCCACCGGAACAAACAGAAUUCAAGCUUGAACCGUCUAUAGGUAUACUGCCCGCACGAGUGAGUGAGGACGACAACACUGGAUCACAACCAGAUCCUGUCAUCACGAUCACUUAUACCCCAGUCCGGUAUGGAGCACCGGAUAGAGCAAGACUUAUUGUCCAGACACCCAAUUCCGAGUGGCAUUAUCAACUGAUCGGGGAUGUGCCCACCUACCAGCAACCGGAAAAAUCAGCCGCUCCAAGUACAACCACCGCACAAGAAGCACACCAGAGGACCCGGUUACUCAAACGGAGAAAAAUCAAUUUUGUUCAGCACAAUCUUCACGGUGGUCGAAGCACGACGGUGGAAAUUUCAACGAGACCGAUCAAAUGA